AACGAUAGAUCGAUCAUCGAUAGACCAACACACCAGACAGGGGAGCUUGCGCAGCACAGAGGACAUCAGGGAUACCAGACACCACCACAGAAACAACAAUCAUGAGCUACUACUUCGCCAUCAUCGGCACCCAAGACAAUCCGCUGUUCGAGUAUGACUUUGGCACCAGCAAACAAGGCGGCGACGGCAUGGCGCGCUUCACCGAACAAGCGCGACAGCUCAACCAAUUCAUCAUCCACAGCAGUCUCGACAUAGUCGAAGAAGUCCAAUGGACCAACGGGCAGAUGUACCUCAAACUAAUCGACCGCUUCUUCACCUCCUACAUCUCCUGCUUCCUAACCGCCUCCAACAUCAAAUUCCUCCUGUUGCACCAACCCCCCUCGACCUCCUCCUCCUCCUCUGCCCUCCCCCACCCCUCUUCCUCCGGCUCCUCCUCCACCUCCACUCUAGUCCAAUCCUCCCACCACCCCCCAACCUCCGCCUCGACCUCUUCCUUAUCAGUAAUCCCCUCCCUCUCCACCCUGACCGGAGGCUCCAACUCCAGCACCCCCACCCUAAUCGGGGGCGGCGGGACAAGCUCGCGAACCUCGACCUCGAUAGCAGCCAACCCGACCUCCCCGCAGACCGAAGAAGCGAUACGGAAUUUCUUUGCGGAGGUGUAUGAGAACUACGUGAAAGCCAUCAUGAGUCCGUUUUAUAAGACGAACAUGGAGAUUCGGAGUCCCGUGUUUAGGGCGAGGGUGGCGGCUGCGGGGAGGAAGUAUUUGUAGGACAGAUACUACGCUGGAGGUGGCGGCACUGGUGGCAGGGUUGUGAAGUGGGAGAGUAGUAGUUGGGGGAAGACCAGAGGGAAGGCAAUGGAUAAGGUGAAGGCUCUGGACGAGGUGAAGGGCCGGGAGAAGGGAAGAGACAAGGAGAAGGAGAAAGAAAAAGACGGUGAUGAUGCUGGUA